UGCAGAUGGAGACCCCGGAGGCCUGGAAGGAGUGGAAUUGAGUUGUACUUCUUAGAGCUUGUUUUGGGAGUCAGCACCCCAAAGCAGAAACUGCCUUAGCGCGAGUCAGCUAUGGCUGGGAUUCCCUUCUUGAAGUGACUCUGUUGCCUUUGAGCUCAAAGACCCAAGCACUUGAGGGCUGCAUAGUUUGCACCCUGACAUUGCUGUUGGGGUAGUUUAGGCUGUGGCAGAAGUUACAGGACGAUUUUGCAUUUAUUCAUUCCUCCCAUUUGCCUAUCCUGGUUUGCCAUAGAAUACUCAGUCUCAAGGUUUGAGCAAACUCUCAUUUUUAACUCUUGCCCAAUUCUAAAAUUUACUAUAAAUGCAGACGUGAAUAAACAAAUAACAGCUCAGCAAAACAAAAACAAUGAAUAACAGCUCAAUCAACCAAGCAACCGAGAACAUCCCAUGAAAUUUAAUUGCGUCUCCAAGUCGUGAUGUAGUAAAAGAAUUCUCCCUCCCCAAAUCCUGCCUGUUAAUGGUUGUUAGACAAAUACACUUAGAGCUUUUGUCUGUCAGGAAAACUCCUAUUAAAUGAGUUCUGUAUACAUUCUUUACUGUCUGUGAUGAUGACCAUUUGCCAGCGGGCUGUGCUUAGUGAGGCUGUGAAGAGAAAUUCUUCAAGCCAGACUAUGUCUGUCUGUCUAUCUAUCUAUCAUUUAUUUAUGCUCAAAUAUAAAUACCACUUGCCCAAACAGUAGAAAACACCAAAGGAGCACAAAAUGGGUAGAUUGUGUAAUUCUGUCCUGCAAAGAGAAUUAACAUUUUAGUCUUUUUCCCUGUGAAGUUUCUCAGUAUUUAUAAAUUCUUAUACCUACUAUGUAUUUUAAAACAGUUUAAUUCUCAGAUUAUCAGUUUUUAAAAUACAUUUUAUUUUGCAUAUAUAAUGUAUACAGCGGGUUACAAGACAAAUAUAAUAAAGUAGUUAUUAUUGAACAGAAUGAAUAUGUCUAUUACCUCAGCAGCCAGUUUUUCCAUUUCCAUGUGAAUGUGUCAUGAGUAUCCCUCUGUAUCCUUCUAUAUGAAUGUAGGUUAUUUAAAGGUUUUUUUUUUUUUUCCUUUAGCACAUGAGAUGUUGGCUGGUGUUGCAGUUGGUCAUUUCUGAAAAAUUAGGAUGAGCUUGAUAAAAUACAAAAGUCUUUCUGACUUCACAUAAUAACUACAUGACAUUUUAAAAAUUGCUUCAUUUGUCUCUUUUCAAGUGGAUUAUGUCUCCAGAGAAGUAAAACCGAUUUAAGAGCCAGAAUAAGAAACAGCAGCCAGAAGGAGCAAGAGGGUCUCUGUCUGGGACUGUGAUUGUGGAGGAGCCUGUCUGGUCAAUAGACUUGAGGAAGCUUUAAGUACAUAUUUACCUUGUUGGUGCCACACCAUGAAGCUCCACUGAUUUUUUUCCCCUAAAGCAAAGAAACUCCUUUAGUCACAUUGACCUGACAGGUAGAAGAAGCACUGACCCAGAACAGAGCAAUAAUCCUCAGAGCUGUGUCAGACAUCAUCAGGUCCAACCCUCUUAGUUUUCAGAUGGGGAAAGUGAACUACCCUGAGUGUUUCAGGUGGUUUACACCUGGUCCAAUAGUCUGCCAAGCACAGAGCUAGUCUGCAGAUCUAGUCACCUGCGUGUUCUCCUCGUCUUCGUGUGUUAACACCUCCCUGAUUAGCUGUAACUGGUGCACAUACAUGUGGGACCAGGGCAAGACUACCCCAGCUGUUGGUGACCACCUCUCUUCCUUUUCCUUUCCAGAAUGAUCCAUGUGCUGGAUCCACGUCCUUUGACGAGUUCAGUCAUGCCAAUGGAUGUGGCCAUGAGAAUUUGCUUGGCUCAUUCACCACCCCUGAAGAGUUUCCUGGGUCCUUACAGUGACUUUCAAAGAAGAAAUUUUGUGAAUAAAUUGAAGCCUUUGAAACCAUGUCUCAAUGUCAAGCAGGAAGCCAAAUCCCAGAAUGAAUGGAAGCCCACAAAUGACCAAGCCAAGAAGCGGGUUGUGUUUGCCGACUCCAAGGGGUUAUCACUCACUGCUAUCCACGUCUUCUCUGACUUCCCAGAAGAACCUGCGUGGGACCUGCAGUUCGAUCUCUUGGACCUUAAUGAUAUCUCCUCCAGCUUAAAACUUCAUGAAGAGAAAAAUUUGGUUUUCGAUUUUCCCCAGCCUUCAUCUGAUUACUUAAGUUUCCGGGACCGUUUUCAGAAGAACUUUGUCUGCCUAGAGAACUGCUCUUUGCAAGAGCGGACAGUGACUGGGACAGUCAAAGUGAAAAAUGUGAGCUUUGAGAAGGAGGUUCGGGUCCGAAUCACCUUUGACUCCUGGAAAACCUACACAGAUGUGGACUGUGUAUACAUGAAGAAUGUUUACAGCAGCUCGGACAGCGACACCUUCUCCUUUGCCAUCGACUUACCCUGUGUCAUUCCCACUGAGGAGAAAAUUGAAUUUUGUAUUUCUUACCAUGCUAAUGGGAGGGUCUUCUGGGACAACAAUGAGGGUCAGAAUUAUAGAAUUGUCCAUGUACAAUGGAAACCCGAUGGGGUUCAGACACAGAUGACACCCCAAGACUGUGCAUUCCAACAGGUGGCGCCUAAGACUGAGUUAGAACCCCCAGUCUUUGGCAGUCCGAGGCUUGCUAGUGGCCUCUUCCCAGAGUGGCAGAGCUGGGGGAGAUUGGAUAACUUGGCCUCCUACCGAUGAGUUAGAUAGCCUAUAGACUGGCUUUGUCUGAUCACAAUCCUCAUGUGAUUCUAGGUCUGUUAUUGCUCAAAAUUAGGAAGUCUUAGUUACUUUCCAUCAGUAGGUUUAGGUAUGAGCUCUUGGGGCCUGGCUAUAGAUAAUAUAGUGUCGGGGUCUUUGAGGGUGAUGCCACCCAGUCUUGUUUUGGAGGAUCAAGUAACAGCCUGGGAACUAGUUUUAUAACAGUAACACCUUUUGGGGGGUGCAUUCUUCCACUUCCCUCUCAGUUCACUAGCUUUCACUUUGGACAAGGAAAGGAUUAAGGACAGUUGAUGGUGAUGGAACGCUGUGGUUAGGGUGUGAGGAACGUGCAAUGUAUACGCUAAGGGCUCUGAGGCUUGAGCCAGAGGAGGCGCAGGGGGGCUGAUACUUAACCGUUGGUGGGAAAACUUUGUUGGGCAUGUGUUUCAAAGUGGGUUUCACAGGUUUCUCCUGAGGAAAUAACUCAAAAGGGAAAGAGGUCCAUUCUAUGCAUUCUUGCAUAGAAAAAUAAAGGGUGUUGGAUGGUACUGGGGGAAGACGAACUGUGGCUCUGAAGAAUCAAGAUCUUGAGGGCUAGAGAUGUAGCUUGGUUGGUAGAUGUUUGCCUAGCAUGCAUGAAGCACCAUAAAACGGGGGAUGGCAACAUACGCCUCUAGUCCCAUACGUUAGGGUGGAGGCAGGAGGAUCACAAAUUCAAGGUCAUCCUUGUCACUUAGAAAGUUGGAGGUCAGCCUGGGCUGUCUCAAGGAGACAACAAGAAGACCUUAAGCGAAUCCUUUCGGUUUCAACGUGGUCUAUCACAAGCCAUGUUUUGGGGAGUGUUUCACCAAAUCCAGCUUUGCAGUCUUAACCUGAUAAGUGACUUUGCGGUCGAGGCAUCAUUCUUGGGCUCUUGGUGCAGAAUGCUGCCUGACACCAGUCAUGCUGUCACCAAUGACUAGCAGUAUGUAGAGACUCAACAUCAGUCAUGUUAAAGGUUGACAGCUCUUUCGGUGCCUUGAUUAAACCAGAACACUGUAGUAGCUGUUUAAACCGGUUACCUGAAUGGCCAUCUAAUAACAAAUGAACUUUUUUGGCCUUAUUUGGAGGUCCAUUCGCUGGCGUUCUCCUAAAAUACUGUUGUAUUUUCGGGAGCACUGUCAGUGUACACAAACUCACGUCCUUCAUAUUGAAGGUGACUCAUCUCUCUGCCACACUUUUUUUGAUGUGAUGUUUGAAGUGGGGACUGACACCAGAGUCUCAGUGCAAGAAUCCAGUACCUCUCGAAUCCAAGUAGCAGUCUAUCUCACGCCUACUUUUUGUCUUGCUGUUUUAAUUUCAAGUCAAAGUGCUUUUUAAAAAGCAGAUGUGGAUUAUUUUGAAUGUGAACUGUUUUGUAUGUACAUGAAUCCAUUUUGUGAGAUCUUGAGGGCAGGUGCCCUGGGAUGUUUGCUGUUAUUGUGCAUGUUCUCUGGGGGGUGUUAGGAGAGUGCAGUGGAUUGUAACACAUGUGAUCUGCCAUGCUGCAAAAACACUAUUGGAAUAACUCCACUCUGACAGCAUUUGAGGUUUGGCUAGCAUCCAUAAGUUCUCUGCUGUAAAUAUCUACACUGUCCCGCAUGAGUCUCUUGCUUUAAGAAUAAAUGUGCUUGGUAGAAGAA